AUGGGGUUGUCUUUCACUAAGCUUUUUAGCCGGCUUUUUGCCAAGAAAGAGAUGCGUAUAUUGAUGGUAGGUCUCGAUGCUGCUGGUAAAACUACCAUUCUCUACAAGCUCAAGCUUGGAGAAAUUGUCACGACGAUUCCUACUAUUGGGUUCAAUGUGGAGACAGUGGAGUAUAAGAAUAUUAGCUUCACUGUUUGGGAUGUUGGGGGCCAGGACAAGAUUCGUCCAUUGUGGAGGCAUUAUUUCCAGAACACUCAGGGACUUAUCUUUGUUGUUGACAGCAAUGACCGGGAUCGUGUUGUGGAAGCAAGAGAUGAACUGCACAGAAUGUUGAAUGAGGAUGAAUUGCGUGAUGCUGUUCUCCUCGUAUUUGCCAACAAGCAAGAUCUUCCAAAUGCUAUGAAUGCUGCUGAAAUAACAGACAAGCUUGGCCUUCAUUCCCUUCGCCAACGUCAUUGGUAUAUUCAGAGCACUUGUGCAACUUCUGGUGAAGGGCUGUAUGAGGGGCUGGAAUGGCUGUCGAACAACAUUGCUAACAAGGCGUGA